ACAAGCAGAGCUGCCAUAUUACGGCGCUAAUGCCUUUUCAUUCACAUAAAGUUUAAUCAUCGUGUUGACAGAGAACAUUUGAGGUUGUUACAAGUACUAGAUUAAAUAUUGUAGUGUGACCGUCCCAGUGUUACUGCGAUAAGGGACAUGGCGUACGUGUUUAAUUGUGUAACGUCCAAAUUUAAUGAACGUCACUUGAGUUACAAAUGAAAGCGUAAAAUCGUUGGGUAAAUCGGCUUAGAUUAAUUAGGUAAUUAUUACCUUAUAUCUGUCUGGCAACAAAACACGAGAGAAAACAGGGAUUAGGAACGUACGCCAUUUGUUUUUUGUUGUUUACACAAUGGACGACAUAAACAUCAGAAAAGCAACAGUAGAUGAUUCCGACAUAGUAUAUAGACUGCUGAAGGAUAUGCGAGAAGGUGAAGGUCGUCUGGAUGCCUUUGUAAUUACUCCCGAAGAGUUUAAGCGUGACGGAUUUGGGGAAAACAAGUGCUUUGAAGCUGUGAUAGUGGAGAACAAAAACAAAAAAGAAGCAAUUGGAUUUGCAACCUACUUUUUUGGAUACAAUGGCGACUGUGGGAGAAUGUUAUACUUAGAAGAUAUCUACAUAAAACCUGCCUAUAGGUCAAAAGGUUACGGGACAGCAGUUUUCAAAUAUAUGGCAAAGAUAACGAUCGAUGGAAACGCGCGGCGUAUGGAAUGGUGCGUUAUGGACGACCCGUCGUGGAACGCCAAGACGAUUGAAUUUUACAAGAAAUUUAACAGCAUUGACGACAAUCUAAAACAGUUGUAUCUUCAUGGCGAAGUCCUGAAGAAGUGUGCUGAGUUUUAAUUAAGUGUGAGCAGAGUAUAGCAUUUCUGAUGAUGAAUUAUGACAUUUUACUUUAAAGAAUUAUCAAUUGAUCAAAUAAUUCAAGCCUUGAUAAAGUUGCUUGAAAUUUAAUGCCCACAGAAAUAAACCAAUAUUAUUAUUUAUUUAGUUUCAAUUU